GAAACCCACAUGGCUAAUGUACAGUGCAUAUUUUUAUCUUUAAAACCUGUACAUAAGUAAAACAGUUAUAAUAAUUUGUAAGUAAGCGAAUUAAAGGAUUAAGCGCAGCUGACAAGAGUCCCUAAAAUGGCGCUAUUUACGAUAAACAGGUAUUUGGGGGAGGAGGAAGAGGAGGACAGUGAAAAGCAGUCUCGCUCCAAAGCUUUACUGGCUAAACUUCAGAAGCAGGUCAAAGCCAGGGGACAGCAGAGCGUCUCAAACACACCUAAAGAAAAAGAAGAGCAGCAGGAUGAGAAAGAACAGAAGAAAAGAAAACACAAACUGCAAGAGACGAAGGGGAAAAUAAAGAAGAGUGAAAGUGUUCAAAACACAGAUCCUACUGAAGAGGCUGACAGUUCAGUGAAAAAGAAGAAAAAACGCAAAAAGUCAUUGUCCACUGAAGAUGUUAUUGUGAAAAUAGAAGAGAAUGAAUCAGAAAAUGAGAAGUCUGUAGACAUCACAGGACCAACUCCCAGCAGCCCAGUGCAAUUUAAGGCUGAAAAAGCAGAGGAAUUAACCAGCAGCUUUCAGAGCAACUAUCAGGUCCUGGGUGGAUUCAAAGAGAAGGAUGUGCAAAAGGUCAAGAGAGUGUUGCCCCAGUGGUUGUCCCAGCCUGAUGUCAUCCAGAAAGACAUUAAGAGUAACCUCAUUCCUAUCAGUGAGGUGCCAGGCAUCUGUCCCACACUGCUGAGGAAAUUACAAACUAAUGGCAUACAGAGCUUCUUUCCAGUUCAAGCUGAGGUCAUCCCUGCCAUUCUGGAGAGCGUUGGUUCAGGGCUGCUGGUGGGUCCAGGGGGCUACAGACCCAGAGACGUCUGUGUUUCUGCACCUACAGGAAGCGGGAAGACCCUGGCCUUUGUCAUUCCUGUUGUACAGGCAUUGUCCAAGCGUGUGGUGCGUCAGGUCCGUGCACUCGCCGUCCUGCCUACCAAAGAGUUAGCACAACAGGUGUCGAAGGUGUUCAGCGCAUACACUGAGGGCAGCAGUCUGAAGGUGGUCAUGAUCACCGGCCAGAAAUCGUUCGCGGCAGAGCAAACGGCGCUCUCGGAAAUCAGGGGAGGUGUUAGCCACAGUUUGGCUGAUAUUGUGGUGGCCACACCGGGUCGACUGGUGGAUCACAUCAACAAAAACAGCAGCUUCAGUCUACAACAUCUACGCUUCCUGAUUAUUGACGAGGCAGACAGGAUGAUUGACAGCAUGCAUCAGUCCUGGCUCAGCCAGGUGACUAAAGCAGUGUACAGUACCCCAGGAGAGACACACACGUCUGUCUUCAGGAGGACAGUGCCUGGACCAAUCACAGCGGCAAGUCUGUCUCCGCCUCAGAUUCCUCUGCAGAAGCUGCUGUUUUCCGCAACCCUCACCCAAAACCCGGAGAAGCUGCAGCUGCUGGAUCUGCAUCAGCCGCGACUCUUCAGCUCCACACACUCCCUUACAGACAACCCAGCACAAAGCCAGGACACUUUUCACUUCCCUCAGGGCCUGUCGGAGUAUUACGUCCCCUGCACCUUCAGCAAGAAGCCGCUCAUCAUCCUUCACUUCCUGCUGCGGCUCAAGUUCAGUCCUGCUCUGUGCUUCACCAACUCCAGAGAAGGAGCACACAGACUGUAUUUGCUGGUUAAGUUGUUUGGUGGUGUGGAGGUGGCAGAGUUUUCCUCUAAACUGAGUCCAGGCGAACGUCAGAAGACACUGAAGGACUUUGAGAAAGGGAAGAUCCCACUGUUGAUAAGCACAGAUGCUGCCGCCAGAGGGAUUGAUAUCAACGGUGUAAAAUGUGUCAUUAAUUAUGAUGCUCCUCAGUACAUCCGCACAUACAUCCACAGGGUGGGCAGGACAGCGAGAGCAGGCAAAGCUGGCUUGGCGUUCACCUUCCUUUUAAAAGUGCAGGAGAAGAGGUUUUUAAAGAUGGUGUCAGACGCUGGCAGUCCUGGCAUACAGAAGCAGCACGUGCAUCCAGAAGCCCUAAAAAGCAUGGAGAGCCGCUACGAGCAAGUGUUGGCUGAGCUGGGGACAAUUGUGAAGGAGGAAAAUGAAAAGAAGCGUUUUUGAGCAGGAAGUGAGCAGACCUUUGCCUUUGCCUUUGACUUACAACUUCAUACAGUGUCUGAUCUAUAAUGUAAUAAGCUAACCUUUACAUGUUUUAAUAAAAUAUGGCAAAAAGCU